AAUGUAGCUUACCAUCUAACAUGAAUCUUCACAAAUCAAACCACAAAUUAUAUUAAUCAAAUCAAUAAAAGCAAUAGAAUUUCAUCAUGGCAAAAAGUUCUCCUUCAGUUUUCGGUAGCUUCUGCUUUGUUGUGUUGGUGGUUCUACAAACCACUUAUGUCAGUGGUGAAGGACCUGCAAGUUCUCCAAGAGAUUAUGGAGAGUGUGAUCCUAGACGACAAGUAGAUAUAGGAAACUUCACGUCAUGUGAGAUGUGCUUUGCUGGUUGCAGGAGUUCAUACACUGCUUCAUUGUGCUUGAAUUCUAACACCACAGGACCACAUCCUUGUAGAUGUUGCGCACCAAAGAAACCGAUAGGCCAGCCGAGUGUCGGAGGAACAACAGCAACAUCAACUUCUCUUCCUUUUCUCUACUUAUCCUUGUUUUCAUGUUUCGUGUUGAUCGGGUUGUUUAUCUAGUUUAAUCGGCCCUGAUAACCGACUGUUGUUUGAACAGAUAAAAAAGCAUCAACACUACUGGUGUUUCGAUAAUUUAUUGAUCUUAAUUAAGUUUAAAAGUAAUAAUUUAGUUUCAGAACUGAA